CCAGGAUUGCAAUUUUCUUUUUCUUUUUUCCUGUUACAUUCAAUUCAAUAUAAAUCAUCAUCGGAUUCCCUGUCUGUAAUCCUGUAUCUCUCUUGUUGAUACUAGAAUGGAAUUUGAGCGAGGUUGAUACAAGAGUUGGCUAGUCAACUUGGAUAUAUAUUUUGUUCCAUCCAAGUCAAGAGUUUCUUUGGAGAAUCUUAAUCAAAAUUGAAAUGAAGAGAUGGUAUAGGAAGGGAAGAAGUGAUUAUUUUUGUAACAAUUACUGUUCCUCUUUCAACAAUAAAAUUAAUGACUUUGGCUGAAUAAUGUCUUUGUAGGCCAAUCUCUAAGCACAUGGCCAUUAGGUGUAUAUUUUUUCAGGAAAGACGGUUAUCAUGGAAGACUUGUGCUAAAAACAAAUCUAACUACUGCAAGAGCCUUCUCCUUCUGGGAUACCGCAUGGAAGCUGUGACGUAGUUUACAUUGCACUAAAACGUGGCUGCCAUUUGUUUGACGGUGGCAAAAUACCAGUUUCUUACUGCAUCAAAUGUCCCAUUGGGAUACUUCUCUGUAAUCAUCCCAAGAGUCCUAUAAAUGAGUCACCACAUCUCACAAAGCUUGGGCACCUUUCCCAGCUGCAUAUGCACAAUCACAAGUGUCUCCAAACAGGCCAAUUCCAAGUCUGGGACUGAGACCAUGAAGAAAAAGAUGGUGAUUAAGGUCACUAUGAAUGGGGAGAAGUCGCGCUCCAAAUCCUUGAAGGUUGCAGUGGGGGUUGCAGGGGUUGAAUCAGCAGCUUUGCAAGGACAAGAAAAGAAUCAAAUAGAGGUAAUAGGGGAGGGAAUUGAUGCUGUUGCUCUCACCACCUUGCUCAGGAAGAAAGUGGGGUUUGCAGAGCUGGUGAGCGUGAGCGUUGUGGGAGAGAAGAAAGAGGAAAAGAAAGACAACCAAGGAAAGAAAAAUGAGCCAUCAUUGCAUGUGUAUAUGCCCUCUAUCGAACCCUAUUAUCACGAAUACACCGACAGCCAUCCUGACUCGUGUUCCAUCAUGUAAAGGGACACAGCUAUGGCCUAGAGACCCUGAGCCUGCAUAAACUUCACUCCUGGUCUUCAUGCCUAUGCAAAGAUGGAGAUAGUUUCGUUUUCCCCAUCUGAUGAUGUCUAUAGAGGAGGCCCUGCUCCAUUCUUAACUCUGUUUUGUGUCACCUUUUCAAACCUUUUGAUUUCACACUCAAUAAAGAUGAGGUUUCCAAGGAUGAUCUGCCUUUUGAGUAUUAAAUGGAUUUGCCUUUUACUUCAA